AUGCAGAGACAAGGCUGGAGAAAUUACAGCUCUGUAACUGAGUUUAUCCUACUGGGCUUUUCCAGAAAUCCCCAGACCAACUGGAUCCUUUUCUUCCUCUUUCUCUUCAUUUACUCAUUUACAGUCCUGGGUAACGGACUCAUUGUCACUCUAAUCAGAAUAGAUGCAUGUCUCCACACACCCAUGUACUUCUUCCUCAGCAUUCUCUCCCUCCUGGAUCUCAGCUAUGCCACCACCACAGUGCCCCAGAUGCUGAUUCAUCUAGUAAGUACAAGAAAGACCAUCUCUUACAUUGGGUGUGUGAUCCAGAUGUACAUUUUUCUGACCUUGGGCAUCACUGAGACCUGGAUUUUUGCAGCCAUGGCCUACGACAGAUACAUUGCAAUAUGCUAUCCACUCCACUAUGGGGUCAAGAUGAGCCAAACCCUGUGUGUUCUACUGGUGGUCAGCUCUGCCCUCUGCGGUCUCAUCUGUGCCCUCGUUUACACAGUCUUUGCAAUGAAUCUUCCCUACUGUGGCCCCAAUGAGAUCAACCACUUCUUCUGUGAAAUUCCUGCUGUCUUGAAGCUGGCUUGUGCAGACACAUCCCUUAAUGACCAAGUAGACUUCAUCUUGGGUUUCAUAUUGCUGCUUAUCCCAUUAUCCCUCAUCCUGGCCUCAUACAUUCGCAUCUUCAUGGCUAUUCUAAGGAUUCGCUCCACCCAAGGACGGAUCAAGGCCUUCUCCACCUGUGCUUCACAUAUCACUGUGGUCACCAUGUUUUGUAUUCCAUGUAUGAUCAUGUAUAUGAGGCCUGGCUCUGAAGCCUCCCCAGAGGAUGACAAGAAGUUGGCCCUGUUCUACAAUGUCAUUUCUGCUUUUCUUAACCCCAUUAUCUACAGCCUCCGGAACAAAGAUGUGAAGAAAGCUUUCCUCAAAUUCAUCAGAAUGGGUGAAGAUACUCAAUAG